UUUUUUUGUCGAUCUUCCAGGAAACUAUUUUAGAAUUUACAAUGGAAGUAGAAAUUAUAUUUUAUCUGCUCUUGGUUCUUUUUCAAGGGAUCUAUGGAACAGGGUUAAGCAGCACUUAUUCAGACGAGUCUUCACCAUCUGAAACAUCAGCCUCUCCUCACGUCUCUGGCACCUCCUUGCGGCCACGCAGAUUUAAACGUUGUUCUUGUUCAUCCCUCAUGGAUAAAGAAUGUGUGUACUUCUGUCAUCUAGACAUCAUUUGGAUCAACACUCCAGAGAAAACGGUGCCUUAUGGUCUCGGCGGGCCCCGCUUGAAACGUUCAUUGCAAGACACAAAGACGGAGUCUACAGACAGGUGUAUCUGUGCCAAGCGUGAGGACAAGAAAUGCCUGGAUUUCUGCCAAGCCUCGGCAGAGCUCAGUGUGCAGCCUUCACUGAAAAAAGAAAGACGCCAGAAUCAGGAGGCCAAAGUUUGCAGCGGCCUCGAGAUGGGAUCACUCUGUGUUGAAAAGCACCUUCAUAGUAACACAGAAAGAAUGAAUGACAUUACAAGGUCCAUCAAGAGGUCAUUUGCUAUUGCCAGACUACUGAAGAAACUCAAUGUAAUGAAAGGAGUAAAACAUCCUUGGACACAGAGGAAGAGAGGACUUUGGAAACAUAUAAAAACAACAUCAUAGUUACAAGCUAGCACCUAUUUUUUUUCUUUAAAGUGUGGAAGAUAUUGCUGUCAGUGAGUUACUGAGUGUACCUUACUCCUUCUCCUUGAUGGCUCUUUGCACUUCAAAAAGUAUGAAGACUGAAUCUGGAGACGUGGGACUAUAGUAAAACAUCAGAAAUGGCACUCAUGGUCGCUUAAUACAAGAGGCCAUGUCUGCUAUUGGAGAAGAAUGCUAUGGAAACAAGUGGAAACAGAAUACUGGAACCAAAAUGUUGGGAUAUCUGCCAAGCAUUUCUACUGACCGUAAAACACUGGAACACAAUAUGCAAAAGCACGUGCCUUAUUAUACAAUGAGAUGCUGCAUAUGGAGGUGUAUGUGCAUUGUAAAUGGACAUCUAUGCCAUUCUUGGAGACAAAUCACAUACAAACAUGACUACCUCAGGUUUACUCCUCUGAAGGGCUAUCCUCCUGCCUAUACUUUAGCUUGCCCUGUGAAAACUUUUGCCUGGAACUCUGGACUGGAGCUAAUCAAAUCUUUGAUACAUAGAUCCCGGAUUUGUUUAGUGACUGGUUGGUGUGGUCUUAGAGAGCAGUUCAAUAUUUUUUCUUCAUGUUAACUACUCUCACAAGCUAAAACUGGGUCGUAAAUAGCAGUGGAGUUAUCUGCUAUCUCUUUAUCUAAUUUUAUUAUGUGAAUAUUUUUUAAAUAAAUAUUUAU